AUGCCAGUGUUAAGAAAUCUCUCGGGCCUCUUGUGGAAAUAUGACCACAUCGACUUGCCCGACUCCUAUCGAAUGGCAUAUAAUCGUCUCCAAUGUCUGGAAAAGAAGAUGGAAAAGAGCCCCGAUCUGAAGCAAUAUCUUGUUGGGAAGUUAAAUGACUAUCUUGAAAAGGGUUACAUAAGAAAACUAAAUGUCGAGGAAAUAUCGAAAGGAGGCAAUUCUUGGUUUAUUCCAAUAUUCACAAUUGAGAACGUUAACAAAAAUAAAUUGAGAAUCGUGUGGGAUGCAGCAGCUAAGGUGAGUGGCACCAGUCUGAACGACGUAUUAUUGAAAGGACCCGAUCUUCUAAGAUCGUUGGUAGGUGUCCUAUUGAGAUUUCGUGAACGACCAGUGGCCAUCUGUGGAGAUAUUCGUGAAAUGUUUCACCAAAUUAGGGUGAGAGCGGAAGAUCAGGUAGCACAGCAGUUCCUGUGGCGAAACGGCGAUAGUAGCAGACAUCCCGAUGUAUUCGCUAUGACCGUUAUGACGUUUGGGGCAUCGUGUUCCCAAUCUUUGGCAAACUACAUAAAAGAUAAGAAUGCUCUACGUUUCCAGAAGACACUACCAAAUGCUGUGGCAACAAUUGUCGAAAAUACGUUUGUGGACGAUUGGUUGCAUAGUAUGGAUGAUGAGGAAGAAAUGAUUCGACUAGCUACUGACGUCCGCUUCAUCCAUUGUGAAGGCGGGUUCGAGAUGCGAAACUGGUUGUCGAAUUCUAAACGAGUUCUGCAAGCGCUCUCAAGUAAGCAUGUACCCGCGAAUAAAUGCUUCAUAGAGCCAGGAUCAGAACUUCAAAAGGUUCUUGGUAUGUGGUGGUUACCAACCAGUGACGAACUAACCUUUGUUCACAGGUUCAAACCGGAUAUCUUCAAUGAAUCCACUUUUCCAACGAAACGACAAAUGCUUCGAGUAAUGAUGACUAUAUUCGACCCUUUGGGUCUGUUGGGGUUUAUUAUAAUUAAAGCUAAGAUGAUAUUACAAGAUGUGUGGCGAUCGGGCGUAACUUGGGAUGAGCCUGUACAUGAUAAAGAACGUUCCGCUUGGUGGCAGUGGCUGCGAAAGCUACGCUGUAUUGAUAAAAUCCGUAUUCCAAGGUGCUACACUUUCGCAAAUCGCAGCAGCGAUAACCAACUUCAUAUCUUCGUUGAUGCUAGCAUAUCAGCAUAUGCUGCUGUGGCCUUUCUUCGUUCAAGUAUGGGCGACAAAGUUCAUUGCUGUCUCGUUGCCUCCAAGACACGAGUUGCUCCGUUGGAGCCACUUUCAGUGCCGAGACUUGAGUUGAUGGCAGCAAUCUUAGGACUUCGUCUAGCUAAGUUCAUAAGAAAGGAACUCUCCAUACAAAUUAACCGCCGGAUCUUCUGGUGCGAUUCGAAGGAUGUCCUAUAUUGGAUUAGGUCUGACGCCAGAAAAUUCAACCAGUUUGUAGCUGUGCGAAUUGGCGAAAUUCUAGAGGAUUCACAAAUCAACGAGUGGCGGUGGGUACCAACGAAGGAUAACGUAGCUGACGAUGGUACAAAAUGGUACAAUAAUAUGGAAUUUAACAGCUCUGGGAGAUGGUUUACGGGCCCUGAAUUCCUAAGUCUAUCAGAAACUCUCUGGCCAACAUCCGAAUUCAAAGACCCACAAGCCGUAGCAGAAACUAUACAGCACGUAACAAUUGAUUCUUCGAAAGAUAUUGGUGAUACGCAACCAGAUCCUACAAGGUUUAGUAAGUGGGAAAAAUUGCGCGCUGUACAGAUGUGUGUUCUUCGUUUUCUCCGUUUGACUAUGAAGAACACCGCUAGAAAUCCAGUUACUCAAACAAUUAUUUCCGAUAGCACCUGUACAAGUGCCGAACUACUUCUCUUCCGCAAGUGCCAGGAAGAAUGCUAUGGCGCAGAGUUUGAUCAAAUAAAAAAAGGCGCGGUAAGUCGAAAAGGCUCAAUCUACAAAUUUUCUCCAUUUAUAGACAAGCUGGGACUGCUACGCGUAAAGAGUCGGAUCGAAGAAGCAAGAGGAGUGACAACAGAUCUCAAACAACCGAUUAUACUUCCCCGUAACAAUAUUGUUACUCAUUUGGUCACAGAUUUCUAUCAUAGAAAGUUCCAUCACCACCACAACAAGAUGCGUCAGCGAUUCUGCAUUAAUGGUCUACGAGUUUUGGUGUGGAUGAUAUCAAAAGUAUGUCAACAAUGUCGUAAUCGGAGAGCCACACCGAAUCCACCAGAAAUGGGAAAGUUGCCACCAGAGCGUCUCGCGUCAUUCACUGAUCCUUUCGCUUAUAUAGGAGUGGAUUAUUUCGGACCCUUCGACGUGACGAUUGGCAGAAGGCAUGAGAAGCCUUGGGGAGUUGUUUUUACCUGCAUGACUAUACGUGGCGUACGUAUUGAGAUUUCUUCAUCGCUAUCUACUGACUCAUACCUCCUUGUUCUGAAAUUGUUUAUAUCACGACGAGGAGUUCCUCGUCGAAUCUUCUCUGACAACGGCACUAAUUUCAGAGGCGCUAGUCGCAUUCUAGCAGAUGAAAUCGAGAAAGUGUCAUCUGGCACACUAAUAGAAAAAUACCCCGAAAUUGAGUGGACUUUCAUACCACCAGGGAGCGCAUGGUACGAUCUAUAA